AUGGAGUACAGCACAAAUAACGAGCAUUGCAAUACGGAAAUUUUUAUAAAUGGCUCUGCGAUUCCUCUCAUCAGCUCUUCCCCAAUCCGGAGACGAGAAACCCAAGCAAACAAUAAAGCAUGCGCCGAGCAGGAGAAAGAAUGGACGACAGCGAGAUGCCACCGAUUGCUACGGGCAUUGACAUCUAGGGUAGCAAUUUUAAAGAAAGAGCUUUUGGUCAUCUCUGGUACUUCGAAAACUCUACCCUCUACGUCUGAUACAGACAAGAAGAUUAAACCUCGAGCAAAGACGAGUUACCCCAACGACGAUACGGACUGGAACCAGGGAAAGAAGAAAGUUAGGCGCACUUACUCUGGUCGCUUGGGACCAAAAUCAGGAAUCAAAGAGGCCCCCAAAACACCACGCGCUCGUGGAGGAACGAAGAGGAAGUGCGUUCCGGGGGAAAUCUUAGUGCCUACACCAAUUCUUACUCGGGCAAGGGGUACGAAUCCGGCGGAUACGCAAGAGCUUCUAUCAGCAGAUUCCAAAGGAAGGGAAAGCAAAAACGCAGCAAGAGUUUCUUCCAGUCGUGGAGAUAAAGACCUUUUGGUGGACGAAUCGAUAAAGGAUCUCAGAAAAGCCCAUGGAUUCCAUCGAAUUGGUACUUAUGACGGAAUUUAUAACGGAUUGGAGACAUUGUUGACAUCUACAAACCAAGGAAGGCCGAGAAUGCGGAAGGGCGCUGGGUCAUUGAUGUCUAUGUGCCUAAAGCUAGUCCCUAGAUACAUCGAACAAGAACAGGCGACAGCGCUAGCAUAUGAGGAAGAGACAGGCACGAAAUCCGCUAUCAACCCUCGCGAUGUAUCCAUGGAAAUCUACGAUGACUUGGAGCAAUUUGGAUCUGUAGGCCAUGGUUGGAGGCCGUUGAGAGUUAUAGUUCGAGCACAUGGAAUAAAGGUUCUUCAAGAUGCGAUAGCCGGUGGGCUGUUGGAUAUUCUAUUCUGUGGAGUACUGGUAAAUCUUUGCAUUCAAAAUGCGGCCCAUGAGGAAGCUGCAUCCUUGAUAACACCCUUGCUUUCUCUCAGUCGCUUUGCGGCUCCAAAGUCCUUAUACGAUCCGCUCCCUACCGCGUUGACAAUCUUGUGGAAUUUUGCCAAUGACACAGCAAAUUUCUCAUUUCUAUAUGAACAGCUUGCGAACAUGCUCUUACAGGAUCUUCUUCCUCUUGGGUGGCUUGCCACCAGAGAGUUUCGGGUUAUUUGGUCAGGAGUCAUGCAAAGGUUACCUCCUAGUGGCGACGAUUCUGGAGUGCUUUCAUUUUUGGAAGCUGUUGUUCCAGCGCUGGCUGGAAUCGCCUACUCGAGCAACAGACUUGCUGGCAACUUUGCAGCAGCCGUUGACUCGACUUAUUCCAGCCUUUUGACUACAUUAUUGUCCGUCACAAUCCUUAGUAGCGAAAAAGUCAGCCCGCUAGAUUCUGCCGAUCAGGAUAUUCAAAGUGAUGGAUAUAAACAUAUUGGUUCGUUGUUGGAAAAUUCAAUAAUGCGGUAUGACUUUUUAUAUCAAGGAGGAGAUAAACUUCUCUUACUGCUGGCAACGACUUUUUUUGCUAAAACGCAGGAGCGCCAUGGAAUGGAUUUGGACCAUUCGAGCGAAGCCCUUAAGUUCAGGUUGCAAGAUUGCCUCGCUGCUUGUGGUGAUGAAGAUGCAAUUUUGGAUGAUCUUGCUGUGUUCAUUUGCUCAGUGGCAAACUGCUGCGGCCGAGCAGCUUCGGGGAGGGGCUUCGAGUAUUUGAAACUCCUUCACGCUUCCCUCGAGGAGUGUAGUGGCAAUUCUUGCUCCGCCCACGCAUUUCAAGAAAUAAUCGUCAAAAGCGCAUUCACUUUCGCUAAUGAUACACCCGAGCGGGAGCAAUUGAAGUACGCCUCUGCUCUGGAGGCAAAAUACUUCAACAAAGUCGACAGUGACCGUUUACACUCCGCUGUCAAGAAGCCAAAGGCUGUGAGAUCUGGAUUCCGUUGGGAAGAUGGCAUUGGCGAAUGGGUGACAGGCACUCCUGUGAUUCGUCGCAAUGGAUCUCAAACUAUCAACACUGAGCCCAUGUCGCCACUACCAGCGACACGUCUUUCCCACAGCCCACUUCCACAAUCAUGCUUAGGAGGCGGAAAUCAGAACCCUACGGCAGCCACAGAAGGAUGGCUUAAAAGCUCUCUUCUUGCGAAGAAGGGCCAAGCAGUGUCACGAAUUGUCCAAAUGUCGGAAAGCUCUCGAUCAACUGCAAGCGAAGCAAAUGAGGUUAACGACAGCACCGAUAUGUUGCCCAGUGACAGGGAGGACUUAGCUGCCGAGGAUCCCGAAGAUUCGUUCUGUUCCAGCGUGCCAUCACUCAUCUGGGACGCCAGCGAAACCCCGCCGGUAAGAAAGUCCAGAACCAGAAAGAGGAAAUGCCGAAACGAUGACAACGGAGAGGAACAUUCAAUAUUCUGUAUGGCCAGUCCCUUUACCUCUGUACCUUUGUCUCAGAAACUCGUUGCCUCUAUGAAAGCAGAUCCACAGGCCAGCAAGGCUACGAGAGCGCAGCGUACGUUAUCGAAUGCUAGUCAAACAUGUCAGAUCGUUGAUGACAGUGAAGACGAACUCAGCCUCCUUUCAGAAUCACGAUCUCAACAUGUCUCUUCAAGCCGUAGUGUUUUGUUUACUGGCGUGAGUCGGUGUCAAGUCAAGAGAAGACGAACGUCGAAGCGCCAAAUUCAAUCAUUGAGUAAAGACGAUGGGUGGUCGGAGGAUGAAUUAUGUAUUUGA